UCGCCAUUAUCGCAUCGCCCGAACGCGUCGCGAUUAGCGAUAGUUACAUGUAAAACUUAACGUACUGCAGAAUUAUCGCGCUAGUUUUACUAAAAUGGGAGAUAAAAUACUAGUAGAACAAAUAAUCGAAACAAUAAAGCAGCAUCCAGUUCUUUACGACCAUAAGGUUCCAUGCAGAAAAGAUCUAAGUGAGGCGUUAUGGGAAGAAAUAGCUGAUACAUUCGACCUCGAUGUACAAAUCCUGAAGGUAAAGUGGAAAAACCUUAGAGAUUGUUACAAGAAACACAUAAGGGCGCAGACCGAUGACUCGAAAGCAGUUUCAUCAUACAAACAUUGGCAAUGGUCUAAGUACUUGGAAUUCUUACGGCCGCACAUACGUUCAAAUACAAAUACAGAAGUCGUUUACCAUACAGAAGAUACGAAAGAAUAUUCUGAAAAUAUACUUAAUAUUAAGCUGGAAGAAAUGGAUCACACGAAUUUUGGGUCAGACUUUGAAGCUACUGAAUGUAUUAGCAAACAACCUACAAAAAACAAAGAAAAACAUUCAAAACACAAUUUUGGGUCAGACUCAGAUAAUUUAGAAUGUGUGAUAGAACAACCUGAUUCGAAGAAGAGACGUAUACAUUCCGAUCUAAAUGUAGAUCACGUGAAAACUCAAAAUAACCGAGAUGUGCAUGAAUUCGAUGACAUAGAACUGAUAUUUUUAGGGUAUGCGAAGACUGUUAAGAAAAUGCCUUUAAAGAGGCAGAUCAGCGUAAAAAUGAAGAUUGCAAAGAUAAUGAUGGAAGAAGAACUAAAAUGUUUAGAAUGACAAGAAAAACUCUUUCCAAAUCGAUUAAAUAAUAAAUAUAAAUACUAAAACUAUGAUAGAAUGUCACAGGGAAUAUAUUUUUAGUAUAAAUUGGUAUCUACACUAUUAUAUAUUAUAAAUAAAAUAGUACCUGUAAGUGCUAUAAACCAAACUAAUAACUUAGACAUCAAUAUAAUUCAAAUAUGUUAUUUGUGGUAUUAUACCUACUAUUUAAUGAAAGACUGGAACCUUAGUUUGUAUAUUACGAGGACUAUGUUUGUAUGUUGUUAGCUAUCGAUGACGUUGAUUGGCAUAUUGGGCAUAACCACCUAAAUAGGUACACUUACUUACCAAUAUUGCAAAUUGCUUAACAGGUCCCCAUAAGUAGGCUUUAAUAUAUUUGCAAUGAGGCUUACGAAUAGCCAGUUAACCGUUUCUACGAUAGUAUUUUAUGACAUAGUUUUGGUUCAUUACCUUACCGAGGCUAAGCGGUCAAACUAGAUAACUCGAGAUAACUUUCAGUUCCGUACGUCAGUUCUAAUUAAAAAACCCAUUUGCUUGACUUAUCAUGUUUGACCGCUCACCUCUCGAUACAUUCUAAGAUUUCUAAGGAUAGUGAGAGGAUAUUUUAUAACACAAAUGAAACGCGUUAUUUUGAACACAAAUCAUAUUCUGUUCGAUUUAAAAAACUUAUACAUUACAUAUCACAUCGUUUUUUAUGCAGCUGUUUUACACAGUAAAUAAUGUAACGCUGAAACAGUGCUUUUAAGUGCUAACUUAGUACAUUAUAUAAAAUAGUGCGCUAGCCGUGCUCUCACAAAAAUAAUGUUCUUAUCAUACACAGUAGCAGGAACUUAUUUUUUAAGCAAUUGACUAGAACAGAUAGAAAGCUAUAAAAGCUAUUCGAAAAUGGAAUACGAAAAAAAAUACAAGAAAAUAAAAUAAGAUCAAAAAAGCAAAUUAGGGGUCAUCCAUUAAUUACAUCACACGUUUACGGGUAGGGACGGGGUCAAGAAAAUGUGACAUGUUGUGACAAGGGGCCCCCUCCCCCUCACAAAUUUUGUGACGUCACUUUAACUUCAUCAGUAACCGAAAAUUAUUUUAUUUUAUUUUAUUCGCUGUACAAUUAAAUAACGAGUUUUUGGAACGAUAAUGGUUUUUAUUCGUUUGAUUUUCUUUCCUAAUCGGUUUUGUGUUAUAAAAUUAGUUGGUAAUAUUUUGAUAAAAUAUUAGUAAUACCUAAUUUAAUUUGUUGAUUUCGUUGAAAACAAAAUUGCCAAAAAUGUGACGUCACACCAGGGGGAGGGGUUUGCCAAACGUGACCAAGUGUGACAAGGGAGGGAGGGGUCAAAAAACCUAUAAAUUCGUGUGACGUAAUUAAUGGAUGACCCCUUAUUAAUACAAAAUGGUAAUAUUUUGUCUCUUGUCCAUUUCAGAGGGCCUACCGUGGAAACCGAAAAUCGAGAUUACGUUAUCUGCCUCUAUCACAGCUAUCACUUGCGUAUUUGAGCGAUAGAGAUUAGAGAGGCAGGUAACGCAAUUUUGAUUUUGCGGUACCCUCUGACAUCUUCGAUUAGUAGUGCUAGUUUUAAUCGGAGGGUGCAAGAUAAUAAUAUUUUUAAAUAAUAAUAAUGAAGUGCAUCGUUAACUAAUUAUAAAUCGAAAUAUAUUUUAGAGAUAAUUAGCUCAAGAUUAUGAGAUUCGCAUAUAAAUACUAUAUUUGAAGAAAGAGAGGAGAUAGCAGGUACCAAAUUGUACUAUAAUAAGACAUUCAGCUAGUAUAGAUAGAAAAUUACAAAAUUGUCUCUAGAUAGAUUUCAAAGAUAUGACAAUAUUAACCAUCUGUGCUAAUGUAGAAGUUAAAAUUUCACGUAGCGUCUACAGUUUUAAGCAAAAUAUAAUGUAAAAGAAUGUAGUUGAUGAAAGAUUAGUAGAAUGUUAUUUAUUUUACCCCGGUUCUUCAUUAGAAGCAUUAGCGUAACAGUCAUUCAUUUGUUCUUCUUUCUUUUCUUUUAAUACGUUAAAGCCUUAAAUAAUAUAGUUUUGGAGUUCAGUCUUCGUAGACAAACAUGCUUAUGAAAAACCGGGGUUAGAUGAAGUAUGUACUUAGAUGCUUAUGUUUGUUCGUUGCACAGCCCUAAGCAUUCGGAAGUAUCAACGUCAAAGUAACCACAAUAGGUAUAUAGUGACAUAACAGGCCAUAAAAUAUUGUUUUAAGUAAAUAUUGUUAAUAUUUUUUACAUUUAUACAAGCUUAAGUCUAGCCCAUCGUUGCUGUUACCAAAAACUGGAGGCAAAUAAAAAAAAGGUGGGGAAGUCAGAUUGAUCACCCAUACAAUUGUUAAAUUAGUAGUACACAGAUAUAAAUUCUUAAUUUCACACCUUUUUAAAUGAUAACAAUGGUUAGCCGGACUGUACUCAGUUUGAAGCCCAAACACAGUACUUAAUUUGUUAUAGUGAUGUUGGUUUAAUUACUUCCAAAUUAUUUUUUCUGAAACGUGUAUGGUGCCCUGCCUCAAUUUACUAAAUCUUUAAAUACUUGAUUAAUUUAAAUUCUCGCAAAAAAACUGAAUAAGAUUAUGUAUGUGAACAAAAAACAAUUCGACAAACAAAUAUAAAAUUUACGAGUGUCAGUGAAAAAAAUAUCAAUCCAUGUUUCUGAAAAAGCAUCAAGUACUUUGAUGAGAUGGGAUAUCACUAUCAGUCAUCCUCAUGACUGAUUCUGACAUAACACGUAAUAUUUAUUUUUAUUGUAGUUAAUAAUUACUAUCUCUAGCAAACAUUGAGACGGGGUCAAAAAGAUGA